GUGUUUCAGAAGGCUAAGAAAAAGAAAGUCUAACAAAACGCUUCUCCUAAUUCUGGUCUCAAUCAAGGUCAAGUCUGGUUCCAACAAUUCCUACCAUUCACAUUCUACCACCACUCGCACUCAACCCCAAUACAAAGCUUCAUCAUUAACACCAACCUCAAACUACUUCAAAUACACUCAAAAAAAAUUCCAACUAAGAUCAAAACGCAACGCAAUACAAGAAGUGCCCUAUUCUUUCUCACUUCAUUCGCCAACAUCAAAUUCAAGAAAAAUCACUUCUUCUUGAAAAGAACGAAGAAAAUGGCGAUUCAUUAUUCACCCACUCUUCGAUGUUGCCUUCCGGCGCUGCAUCGCACUUCGCCUUCUCGCUCGGUUCUCACGCCAUCGGUAUUCUUCCGCACUCCUACCCUAAGGCUCGUCUCGGUUCGGUCCCAAGCCUCAGGCUCUGAUGCCGUCGGUUCGGCCAAGAAACACUCUCAUGCUGCAGUUGGGUUAUCAUCUUCGUCGUCGGUGAUUGAUUUUCUCACUCUCUGCCACCGCCUUAAGACCACAAAAAGAAAAGGAUGGGUUAAUCAUGGGAUAAAAGGUGCUGAAUCGAUUGCUGAUCAUAUGUACCGCAUGGCUUUAAUGGCGUUGAUUGCUGUUGAUGUUCCAGGAUUGAAUAGAGAAAGAUGUAUUAAAAUAGCACUCGUGCAUGAUAUUGCAGAAGCUAUUGUAGGAGAUAUAACACCUUCUGAUGGUGUGCCGAAGGCUGAAAAGAGCAGAAGGGAGCAGGAAGCUUUGAAUAAAAUGUGUGAACUUCUUGGUGGAGGGAUGAGAGCUGAAGAGAUUAAAGAACUUUGGGAAGAGUAUGAAAACAAUUCUUCUUUAGAGGCCAAUCUUGUGAAGGAUUUUGACAAGGUUGAACUGAUUCUACAAGCGCUGGAGUAUGAAGUAGAACAUGGAAAAGUGUUGGAUGAAUUUUUCCUUUCAACUGCAGGGAAGUUUCAAACUGAAAUAGGAAAAAGUUGGGCAGCUGAGAUCAUGUCAAGAAGAAAAUCUAUAUCAGCAAAAAGGGGUAAGUUGAUAUAGGUCUGAGUUAAACCAGAACCAAUAAGCAUGAUUUUUUGCAGAACUGGGUUCUGGAAUUUUAACAUGAUUUAGGGUGACAUCUAUCUGCUGUCCCUGCCUGAUGAGUUCUUUUUUUGAAUUUCCAAUCAUUUUGUCUUUCUUGGUGACACUUUUAAACUUAGCUUCUCUCUUCA